UUUGCUUUCAUCUGCAUUAAAACACAUGCUUGGUGUCGGCAAUGAUGUUCUUCAUAUGUAUAGUAACAGUCAUUCAGUUUCCCUUUGGGCAGCUUGCCGUCCUUUAUCCUCCAGAGAAUGUGACUUUUGAAUGGAAAGAUCAGACACUUUAUAUUUCUACAAGUUAUCCAAAAUUAAAUAAUACAAAUCAGUUACUCAGUCAUCUUUGCUUUCAACUUCAAAUGCAGAUCAAAAGCAGCACUGCGAUCAACUGGGAGGAGCCAAUACUGCUAUCAGACUGUGAGGAGUCAACAUUAUUUUAUUGUUCCAUUCAAAACCCAAGCGUUGACCCUGAAAAAUGCUACCUAAUAAGAGUCAGAUUGGAAGUUUUAUACAUGUGUUUCCAUGGGCAUGAUCGGCAAAGUGACUGGGGACAACUGAUAUUCUCAAAGAAUGGUACUAUGUUAGACUCCUGCCAUGUGGAACAUCUAUCAAACAGACUUAAUGUUCUACUUGCCACUAUUCUGCCCCUGUUAAUCUGUGUCCUAGCUUUACUGCCAUGUAUAACUAAAAGGAUAAAGAAGAGGGUGUUUCCUAUAGUACCUGAUCCAAAACAUAAAUUCACUGGACUCUUCGAAGACCACAGUGGGAAUUUCCAGCAAUGGGUGAUAAAGGGAAAUGAUGACCUUCUAGCUAUACAUACUGAUGCCUUAGAAGAAGAAGAAAAAGAAGAAGUAAAAGAGCUAAUUGUGGAAAAAUGGGAGACUGAAGAUGAUGUUCAACUGAAAGAAAAUGAAACUUGGCAAGAAAAUCCCUAUCCUGAUGAAGAACAAACUGAAAACAUUAGUCAUUCUCAAACUCAAAUGGAGAAUAUCCCUGAUAUUUUCUUGGCAAAUUUAACAUUUCCUAUGAAUGAUAGCAUGUAUAUAAUGCUUUGACUUGCAUUAUGAAAAUGUUUUGAUAUUUUUUUACAGAGAAAAAGUGCAUUGUUAUAGAUGUUGCCUUUUUGUGGUAAACAGGGAGGAUAAACAAGUUUCUAUACCAAGCCAAAUGAAGCAGCUUUAUAUUCACAGAUGACCUAUCUUGUCUGGGUUUCAGGCAAGCAAAAGAUGGAGCUGUCUACUUUAAUCUGUUACAAAGUGCAUGUGAUAACAAGGAUGAACUGUAAAUGCCAUUCACUUUGUCUACUCUUCAUCUGGGAAACUGGGAAAGACUCCCAUCAAUACAAAAUAUAAUGUAGUAAGACACUGUUCCAGCCGUUAGUGCUGACUUGUGGGCAGUAGGGCAAAAGAGUUAUGAAAAUGACAACAUCAGCAGCAUAAAAUAUGUUUAAACAAAUACGGGGAAUGUGAUAAAAGUCACAAAGAGCAAGACAAUUCGCACCAAUAAGAAUAAAAAUCCACAUCUCGCAAUGUAAUAUUGUUCCUUAAACUGUUAUUGCUUGCAAAUUUUAAUUACACACUCUUAAGAGGUGCUUGAAAGUGUUGUAAUCAUUUGGAGCAAACAUAACGACUUUUUCAGUAAGAAGUUUUUUUUUACAUUUACUGUGCAUUGGCACAAACUAUAAAA